AUGGGCCGUGAAGAACGGUCUCAUAUAGGGUCACAAGGCCAACAACCAACCAGCCCUCCCUCCUCUUCUCUCCCGCCCCCGCAGAUCGAAGAGCUGGUUUGCACGAACGAGCAACGAACGAAUCAGUGGGAAGGGUUCCGCGGCUGGCUGGAGCGGCGAGGGAAGCAGCGGUACAACGUGAUAAUCGACGGGGCCAACGUGGGGUACUACAAGGCCUGCCUCAGCGAGGGCGAGCUCGCCGACCUCCGGCAGGUGGACUGGGCAGUCAAGAAGUUCCAAGAAGAGGGCAAGAAGCCGCUGGUGGUGCUGCACAGCCGGCAUCUUGUGGAGAAGAGGCUCUCCGAUGAAGCGAAAGAGAUUUACAAGCGGCGCUCGGUACGUACUCUCUUCCUGUAA